AUGAGCAGACAAGUCUGCAAGAAGUCCUUUGGCCAGGGCUUCUCCGGCCACUCGGCUGUGGUAUCCGGCAGCAGCAGGAGGAGCUGUGUGGCUCGCACUGGGGCAGCCAGUGGAGGAGCUUGUGGGUUCCGGAGCGGAGCAGGUAGCUUUGGCAGUCAGAGCCUCUAUAAUCUGGGUGGCAGCAGAAGUAUCUCUAUUAGUGUGGUGGCUGCUAGUGGCUUUGGAGGUGGCUAUGGAGGUGGCUUUGGAGGAGCUUCUGGAUUUGGAGGAGCUAGUGGCUUUGGUAGGCCAGGUGGCUUUGGCCCCAGUGGCUGCCCUGGGGGGAUCCAGGAGGUGACCAUCAACCAGAGCCUCCUGCAGCCCCUCAAUGUGGAGAUCGACCCCCAGAUUGGGCAAGUGAAGGCCCAGGAACGUGAACAGAUCAAGACCCUCAACAACAAGUUUGCCUCCUUCAUUGACAAGGUACGCUUCCUGGAGCAGCAGAACAAGAUCCUGGAGACCAAGUGGGAGCUGCUCCGGCAGCAGACCACAGGCGCUGGCUCAGGGCCCCAGAGCCUAGAACCUUUCUUUGAAUCCUACAUCAGCUGCUUGCGCAAGCAGUUGGAUUCCCUUCUCGGGGAGAAGGGAAGCCUGGACGGAGAAUUGAGGAGCAUGCAAGACCUGAUGGAAGACUUCAAAAAGAGGUAUGAAGAAGAAGUCAACAGGCGCACUGCCGCCGAGAAUGAGUUUGUGGGGGUGAAGAAGGAUGUGGACGGUGCUUACAUGAGCAAGGUGGAGCUGCAGGCUAAAGUGAACAGUCUGACGGACGAAAUUGACUUCCUGAGGACCCUCUAUGACAUGGAGCUGUCCCAGAUGCAGAGCCAUGUCAGUGACACAUCUGUGGUCCUGUCCAUGGACAACAACCGCUUCCUGGACCUGGACAGCAUCAUCUCUGAGGUCAAAGCGCAGUAUGAGGACAUUGCCCAGAGGAGUAAAGCUGAGGCCGAGGCCCUGUACCAGACCAAGCUUGGGGAACUGCAGACCACAGCCGGCAGGCACGGGGAUGACCUGAGGAGCACCAAGAGCGAGAUCAUGGAUCUCAACAGGAUGAUCCAGAGACUCCAGGCGGAGAUUGAGAACGUCAAGAAGCAGAACACCAACCUGCAGACAUCCAUUGCAGAAGCUGAACAGCGCGGUGAGGUGACCCUCAAAGAUGCUGAUGCCAAAUUCCAAGACUUGCAGGCUGCCCUGCAGAAGGCCAAAGAUGACUUGGCCCGGCUGCUGCGUGACUACCAGGAGCUCAUGAAUGUCAAGCUGGCCCUGGAUGUGGAGAUUGCCACCUACCGCAAGCUGCUGGAGGGCGAGGAGAGCAGGAUGUCUGGAGAAUGUCAGAAUGCCGUGAGCAUUUCGGUGGUCAGCAAUGUUACCAGCACAAGCAGCAGUGGUGGCUAUGGUGGUGGCAGAUUUGGAGGUGGCUUUGGGGGUGCUGGAUUUGGUGCUGGAUUUGGUGGGUUUGGGGGAUUCGGUCCGUCUUUUCCUCCUGGGGGUAUCCAUGAGGUGACUAUUAACCAGAGCCUCCUGGAACCCCUACACCUGGAGGUAGACCCUGAAAUUCAAAGGGUCAAGAACCAGGAGCGUGAGCAGAUCAAGACUCUCAACAACAAGUUUGCCUCCUUCAUUGACAAGGUACGCUUCCUGGAGCAGCAGAACCAGGUGCUACAGACAAAAUGGGAGCUGCUGCAGCAGGUGAACACCACGACUCGAACCAGUAGCCUGGAGCCCAUCUUCGAGAGUUACAUCAGCCAACUGCAGAGACAGGUGGACUUUCUGAACUCUGAGCGGUCGCGCCAAAACUUGGAGAUCAGGAGCAUGCAGGAUGUCGUGGAGGACUACAAGAGCAAGUAUGAGGAUGAAAUCAACAAGCGGACCAAUGCUGAGAACGACUUUGUUGUUAUGAAGAAGGAUGUGGAUGCUGCUUUCAUGGGCAAAUCAGACCUGCAGUCCAAAGUGGACACGCUGUAUGGGGAGGUCAACUUCCUGAAAUAUCUAUUUGAUACGGAGCUGUCCCAGAUGCAGACGCACAUCAGUGACACCAAUGUCAUCUUGUCAAUGGACAACAAUCGCUCCCUGGACCUGGACAGCAUCAUCGAUGCGGUGCGAGUCCAAUAUGAGCUGAUCGCCCAGAAGAGCAAAGAUGAGGCCGAGGCACUGUACCAGACCAAGUACCAGGAACUGCAGAUCACAGCAGGGAAACAUGGAGAUGACCUGAAGAACAGCAAGAUGGAGAUCUCAGAGCUCAACCGCAACAUCCAGAGGCUGCAGGCGGAGAUCAACAGCGUCAAGAAGCAGAUCGAACAGAUGCACGGAUCCAUUUCCGAUGCAGAGGAGAGAGGAGAAAGGGCUCUCCAGGAUGCAAAGCAAAAGCUGCAAGACAUGGACGAGGCCCUGCAACAGUCUAAGGAGGAGCUAGCCAGGCUGCUGAGAGACUACCAGGCAAUGCUGGGGGCCAAGCUGUCCUUGGAUGUGGAGAUCGCCACCUACCGCCAGCUGCUGGAGGGCGAGGAGAGCAGGAUGUCGGGGGAGCUGCAGAGUCAAGUGAGCAUCUCUGUGCAGAGCAGUCAGGUGACUGUAGGCGGCGGCAGCUACGGUGGCGGCAGCGGCGGGGGUUCAGGCGGUUACGGUGGUGGAUAUGGCAGCAGCUCCCGCGGAGGCAGCGGCGGUUACGGAGGAGGAUCAGGCUCCCGCGGGGGCGGCGGCGGCGGGAGCUACGGCUCGAGCAGCAAAAGCAGCAGCAAAUACGGCGGAGGCGGCGGUGGCCGGAGCGGCGGCUCUUCCCGCACUCAGCUAGUGCAGACCUCUACCCACAGUUCGCGCAGGCGCGUGGUGGAGUAGCGGGAAAGCGGCUUCAGUAUCUCUCCUGCCGCCCUCCCCCCACGCCCUCCUGGGCUCUCUCACCUACCUUUUCCCAACGGGUCUCAGCAAGCUUCCAGGUCACUUCGACUCUAGAUGGGGAAGCAGGUCAGAUUUACUGCCUCUUUAUUUCGUUAAAGACACAUGCUCACUCCGGCACCCCUCCGCUGUCCCUCCACUGUCCUGAUACACAGGGCCCUUGUCCAGCAACGAAGAAAAAGAGCUUGGAGAACAACUUCACUAGGGGCCUCAGUCCCAGAUCCCCUUUCCUCAAACUGGGUAGCUCAGUAAAUAAUAACCCCUCACCCACAGCGGCCUUCCUUCCCAGAAACCUAUUGCAAGGCAAGCUUGUUUAGCGAGGGGCACAUCUGAGACAAGGGCCAUGGGGAGGGGGCUUGCUCUGUAGCCUUAUGCUCCCUCACCAUGAUGGCAAGGGUGGUUUUUUUGUUCAGAUUCGGUACCUGUAGGUCAUGCCCGUGCUGAUCUAUUUUGUCUCCUGGGUUAACAGCCCCAAGUAGGGAUCGUUCAGUGAGCAUGGGAACUGGAGCCCUUGUCCAAGGAAUGGCUGUUCUCAGCAGUGGGUUGGGGUGGUAUGGGAUUGACAAUCACUGUCUGUUUCUGCCCCUCCCCCUUCCAGCAGCCCCUGUAUUUGGAGUCAGCUCCUUCCAGAACUCUGUUCCAAAAGGACGUGCUGAGAAUUGCCCAAACACCGGGCACCGGUAGGGCAGCCUGGCUCUACCCAGGUGCCUGGGCCUGAGGAAUGAGAGAUGUUGCCUUGGGCUGGGGAGAGAUCCAACCUUGUGCCAGUUUGGAAAUGGCCCGGGUUUUAGCAGGCAACCCAAUGCUCUCUCUCAGACCUCUUAAGUCCCUUCUGAACUCUGAUUCUAGUUGUCAGACUUGAAUUCCUAAUUUAAAAUUUAAUUUACAGUUCUCUGAAAAAAAAAUCCUUGAACUGUGCCGAGGAGGCAGGAAGAAAAAAGCACAACCAAUGAACAGCCACUAGAGAGGGAAUGUGGCUUUGCUUCCAAGUUCUAGAGACCCCUUCACUGGCUUGCUGAGUCUGUAAUUCUGUCUGGAAGGGCUUCUCUGUAGGGAUCCCUGGGGAAUGCUUGUGACUUCAUUGCCUGUUGGAAGCUGAACUUUGAAGGG